AUAAUGCAACAUCAAGGAAAUUAUUAAUAAAGAAAAUUGCAUAAAUAAACGUAACAAAAAUGCGCCUACGCCAAAGUUAACCUCAAAUAUUCGAAAAAGAAAACUAACAAAACAACAAAAACAAACAACAUCAUUCAGCAUCAGUUAAAACACCGUAAUAAUUCUCAACUUGGAGUUCAAGCACAAACGGAGAGUUGCCUUAAGUAUUGAAGCUUUAACCAGGAAACGGCAAAAAUGUCCAAAACAAUGUCACAACAACAGGCAGCAGCAGCGGGGAAGGGGAAGCAUCGCACCGGAACGGAGGAGAGCAUGUCGCCAAAGAAAAUGGGCAUCAUUGCGAUCGUAACGGUUGUUGGUUGCAUUGCCAUCUUAUGGCCAAAGGUAUUCCAUCCCAUGAUGUUUGGCUCAGCGCCGCCAAUCAAGCCAAACUUUAAGGAUCAGCAACAGCGUGGCGGACCAGGCGGUUGUUGUGAUGUCGUACUUGACCGGGAAGAGUUUAUGAAUGCCUCAAAGCCGAGCCCCGAACCGUUUGGUCCACAUUUGUAUCGCAAGCAGAUCAAUUUGUACACAGGCGAAAUAAGUCUGCGUCAGGAACGACCAGCCCACCUGCAUCCGGAGUCCAUAUAUCAGGCGAUGCGUGAACGUGGGCGGGCAAUACCCGCCACGCCCACCGUCCCAAUUGUAGAGCGCAAGACUUCGCCGAGUAAUCCACCGCCACGGAUCGUCGACGGCCGGCCUGGACCGAUUCCGGGCAUGCGACCACCAAUGGGAGCGGGUGCCUUUCAUCAGCCCCAGCAAAGAGCUGGAAGCAGCAUGGGUUUCCUAAUGCCUCUGUAUACCAUUGGAAUCGUUGUCUUCUUUGGCUAUACAAUUAUGAAGAUUGUGUUUAAGAAGCAAGUGCCAAAUGCUCCAUAUGGACCCGCUCCAGGAGAUCCCAGUUUCCGCCAAGAAGUUUUUGGACAUCAGAAUCACAGUCAAGUGGAGGAUUUGGGCGGCACCAAAUUGGGUUGGCGCGAACAUCAGACAACAACAAAUCCUACGAACACCUUUUUAGGAACUGCGACGAGCGCAGCAAAUGGCAACAGGCGCAACAACGAUAAGGAACUCUACAAUGCCACAUUAUCGGCGACGGCAUUGGCCACAAAUCUGUCCACAUCGCUGAGGGCUCACCAGGAGCAGUGUCACAGUGCUCCGACUGGGCCAAAGAGCCUCGCUGAGGUGGAGAAAUCGCUGUUCAAUAAGGAGACGCAACAGUUGAUGGAAAUUGAAAAGUUGCGACAGAAACUCGAGGAUACGGAGCGUGAGAUGGCAAAGUUAAUUGCCGAAAUGAACACCGAUCAGUGUGAGGCAAAGCAAAAUGACGACAACGAAAAAUCGAAUUUGACAAAUGUAGAAAACCAAAACAUUUCCAAUGGGCAAACAGCAAGAAACGACCAAGAGCAGAACAUGGCUAAAACUAAGCAACAACAACCAUCACAACAACAAAGGAAACAACGCGACAUCAGCGCUGAGCGCGAAAUGACGGUUCUUGGCAUGGAGUUAACAACUAGUUGCGAGGGCGGUCAAAGAUGGACCGGAAGACCUCCAACGCCAGUUUAUCGCACAAAUAGUGGAUAUUCCAAAUUGGAAGAAAAACUACCCGAGCCGCAGUCCAUUUAUUUGGAGGGCGCCUUGGCACACGACUCACAGAUUUUGGUGGCCGAUUCACAGACGAGACGUGAAGAGGUCUAUGACACUGAACUCAAUGGAUCCAUUGAUGAGCCGGCCGUCAUACUCAGCAGCAAGAUGACGUUAUCAUUGAUUAAUUUGGAUGCAAAUCAACAAAAUGGUAACGAUAACAAACCGGAAAUCGAGAGUCCCUUGGCUGAUGACAUUGAAAUAAUUGGACACGACGAACACUAAAUACGUGUAGUGCUCAUAUAUAUAUUGCAAACUAUAUAAUAUAUAUACAUAUAUAUAUUUGUUAUGCUCAUAUAUCGUUGUUAGGGCAGAACGACAAUGCAGUCAACAAUCGCAUUGUCUUUUAUCAAAAAACUAGUGCCACACGUUUGAAAGAUAUGAGUGAAAUUUGACAAAUUCACCGCAAAUAUUAUGACUGAUUAAACAAAGAAAAAAAAAAUAGAACCUGAUCAUAAUUUGACAUUUGAUUUGUAUAUAAUUAUUGCUUAUGUAUUGUGCGUCUUUUUUAUAUCGAUUUUGUUUUCGAAAUCAUUUAGUUUUUUUGCUUUGUGUCUGCUCCUGUUUGGUCAACUGAACUCCUAAGUGUAUGCCAACAAAAAAGAAUUCAUAGAAUGGAUAUUUAUACUCCUUAUUUAAAUCGCAAGAUAUUAUGUGUAUAUUAUUUAGUUGAAAUGCAAAUUAAACUAGUCUACCCCCAUCGAUUUAAGAACUUAACGUAUUCAUAUUUAAAAUCAAAAUCGUCUAUAAUUAUAAAUGGUCGUUUUCGAAAUAAUUUACAUCCUCACAUUGAAGCCCAUACAAAAAUUUUCAAUUGCACCUCAUGUUUAACGAAUAUGUAAUUAAUGUUAGUGCCACAGUGUUUUUUGAAAUUAGUUUAAAUAAAACAGAAUACGUAUGAAAUGAAA